AUAAAGAUGGCCGCCACAAGGGCUGUCGCAGGAGGGCGAAGCUGGUGUGACUGAUGCUGCCCUCCAGAAAGGUGGCCGCCUCCUGGCCCGGGAGUGGGGGUGGAGGUAGAGCGCCCUGAUUGGUGGGCCUGGAAGGGGCCGCUCUGUGAUUGGCUGGAGCCUGCCACUCCUCCCCAUUUAUGGGGCCGGCUAGCGCCUGCUGGAAGCACUUCCUGCAGAGAGGGAGGGAGGCAGGUCCAGGGGCAGGGGCCCAGCGGGAAGGGGGGGCCAGCAGCACCUGCUCUUGGGGGCGGGGGAUGGUGGCAGGUGUCAGCCCUGCGGGGUGGCCCAUUUCCCAGCCCCUCUGCCCCGUAGCGCGGGGCCAGGCUGCUCCCCGCCUGCGUCCCUAGCUGGGGGGCUCCGAGCAGGGCCUGGAUCGGGUCCAACCCCCCCAUUUCCCCGGGCCCCAUUGCGGGGGGAAGAAACUUUCCAAGUGUCUUUAAAAGUCCCAGCGACUCCUGGCUCCCUCCUGCCUAGCCGGGCCCCCCACCCCCAGGCGGGAGCAGACAUCGGGGAGGGGGGAGAGGGCUGGAGCCACCUCACUCCCCCCUCCCCGCUGGGCCCCUCGGGAGGGGAAAGGCUAAAGCCGGUUUCUGGAUCCCUGCGGGCCCUUCCCCCUGCUGAGCUGCUUAGUCAGGCCGGCUCUCAUUCCUCGGCUGCUUGAGAUUUCCCAUAUUCCUGCCCUGGGGCGCUCCCCUUGGGGAUGGGGUGCCGUGGGGCGUGAAGAUCCCACCGGAGUCUGGGUGGGCCAGAGACAGCAGAACAGACUUGGGGGUUGGGUCUGGACGUUUCUCCUAGUGGGGUUAGUUGUCCCUGGCCCGGCGCUGAUCCACCCCUCGCCCAGGAGCGGGCCAUGUCCUAGUGGAGAUUUGGUCUGCGUUUGGGCGGGGUGGGGUGGGGAACUAGGGGAGAGUGGAUGGUGCUGGAAGGACCCACCCAAGGUGUGGCUUGAGCCUGCUGGGGGGGCAGGUUGGGCCACAGCACCGCCGGGAAGAUGAACCUCGUUCUGGGGCCGUACGGUGAGGGCGUGGAGACGCUGCUUCACGGGGAGUUUGGGGCUUACCCCUCCAAGGGAUCCCGCUAUGCCCUCAGCCUGACCCAGACAGCGCUGCACAUCCAGCGGCUGGUGCCCAAGCCGGAGACAGACCAGCGCACCGUGGUGCCCCUGGCCGAGGUGGUGGGCUGCCACACGCUGCGUAACCGGGCAUCGGCUGACCGGGCGGCGUAUUUCUCUGUCUACGCCUACCCGCUGAAGAAGAGGAAGGUGGCGGUGGGAUCGGGACGCGGGCGGCAGAGGGCGGCACGGACCUUCCAGGUGGACGGGGCCGACGACUAUGAGAAGAACCAAGCGGUGGCAGAGAAAUGGGCAGCUGCCAUCAAGUGCCUGGUGUUGGGCAUCCCCAUCUCCAGUGACACAGAUAUCGCUCCCAGCCUCCUGCCGCGCCCACGCCGGCUGCUGCUGCUGCUGAACCCGUUUGGGGGCAGGGGCCUGGCCCUCCAGUGGUGCCAGACCCACGUGCUGCCCAUGAUCACAGAGGCGGACAUCAGCUUCAACUUGAUCCAGACAGAGAGGCCAAACCACGCCCGGGAGCUGGUGAAGGGCAUCAAUGUGGCAGAAUGGGAUGGGAUCGUCGCCGUCUCAGGGGAUGGGCUCCUAUAUGAGGUUCUCAACGGGCUCAUGGAGCGCCCCGACUGGAAGCAGGCCAUCAAGAUUCCCGUUGGGAUUUUACCGAGUGGUUCGGGGAACGCAUUGGCCGGAGCCAUCAACUGUAACGCCGGCAGGCUGGAGCAGGUGCUGGGCCUGGAGCUGCUGCUGAACUGCGCCCUGCUGCUGUGCCAUGCGGCCGUGACCCCCCUGGACCUGGUGGCCGUCACCACGGCCUCGGGCGCCCGCUGCUUCUCCUGCCUCAGCGUGGCCUGGGGCUUCAUCUCGGACGUGGACAUCGAGAGCGAGAAGUACCGGCACAUGGGCGCCGCCCGCUUCACGCUGGGCACCCUGGUGCGCCUGGCCUCCAUGCACACCUACCGCGGCCGCCUCUCCUACCUGCCCGCCGCCGACGCCACCGCCCACCGGCCCAUCUCCCGCAGCAUCACGGUGGCCCCCAACGGCCGCCUGCCCCUGCAGCGCCUGCCCCUGCACCGCGCCCUGUCCGACAUGGGACUGUGUGAGGAGCGUCACGCCUUCUGGGGGGCCGAGCCGGCGCCCGUGCCCUGCCCCUCCCCCGGCUCCCCGCCUCCCUCCUCUGCCUCCAUCCUGCCCCCGCCCAGCUUCUCCUUCGAACCCGGGCCGGGGGAGCUGCCGGCCGGUGGGGCGGGUGAGGCCCGGGUGGGCGGCCCCCCGGAUGAGCUGCUGGUGCCGCUGGGGCAGCCGGUGCCUGGCUCCUGGGUGACGGUGGAGGACGACUUCGUGCUAGUGCUGGCCAUUUACCAGAGCCACCUGGGGGCCGACCUCUUUGCCGCCCCCUUUGCCCGCUUCGACGACGGGCUCAUCCACCUCUGCUUCAUCAAAGCCGGCAUCUCCCGCGCCGCCCUGGUCCGCCUUUUCCUGGCCAUGGAGAAGGGCAGCCACUUCGAGCAGGAGUGCCCACACCUCGUGCACGUGCCCGUCCGGGCCUUCCGCCUGGAGCCCCUCACCCGCAAGGGCAUCCUGACCGUGGACGGCGAGCGGGUGGAAUACGGCCCCAUCCAGGGCCAGGUGCACCGGGGCCUCGCCAGAUUGAUCACCGGUGUCGACCGCCUCAAGAUCGCCACCGGCUGAUGCCCCCUGGCUGGGCGCAGAGGGGGGAGCCCCAGUCCCCUCCAGCUGGCAUGGUGCAGGGGGUAGCAGGGGCCGUGCUGCCCUCCCUCCUGGCGGCAGCGGGGACCGAGAUGCGCUCCCCUGCCCGGGUCCUGCCUAAAGCUGCGUAUUUAUUGCUUUGAUCCUGGCAUCACCCGCUGAAUGAAUGUAAGGAGGGUGUGACCCCCAGGGGGAGGGGGGUCUCCCACCCUGUGGGGGUUGCAGGAGGGAAAGGGACGGGCUCCGUGAGGUGCUGUGCGUGGCCCUUUUCCACUGCCCCCCCAUCCCGCAUCUAGGGGGCACUAGGGAGUCGCAACCGGGGCACGUUCUCACUGCGUGCCACGGAGGGGGAGGCUGUUCCCGUGGGGGGAGCCACGGGGCUGGUGCCUCCAGCCACGGGGGGGAGUGGGAGGGGUUGGCAGGUGUCCCAGCAGGCACUGCAGUACCUGUGUUCCCCCCCCCCCCCAGGGUGCAACCUGGAGUUGGGGCUGCAGGCAAGACGCUCCCCUUACACGUGGGGUGGUGGUGGGAGGAGUGGCUUUGCAGACCAGUUGUUGAUUUCUGUGGUGUGGUCAUUCUGGUUGGUUGCCCCUUCUCUAACCACUAGCGCCCCACUCCCCCCUGAGCCAGGGUAGAACCCAGGAGUCCUGGCUCCCAGUCUCCACCCCACCCCUGCUCUAAUCACUAGACCCCACUCCCCUACGUGAGCAGCAGGUACAAUUUUUGAAGGGGAAUGGGGUCUACUCAGGGGCGGGAGCCAGGACUCGUGGAGUCUUUUCCUGACUCUGGGAGGGGAGUGGAGCCUAGUGGGUGAGGACAGUGGUGGGUAGGUACGUGCCUCAGUUUCCCUCUGUCCCAGAGGCUGGCCCCCUCCAAUGGCCAUGUGCCAGGUGCACCAGAGCCCAGUGGGAAGGGGCAGGGCCCAGCAAAGGCCGCACAGUGGAGAUUUCUUUGCACUAAAACCUCUUGUGUUCUGUGAGUGGGGAGGCUGGAGUGCUGCCAGGGGGAGGGGAGGGAGGAGAUGACAAUGUCUGUCUGUCCUGUGUAUCCUACUAGUUGCUGCUACCAACAGCCUCUCUUCCCCCCCCCCCCAACUUUGAUGUGAGCAAGAAACUAGAAUGAGC